UCCACUCCCCCAUCCGCCUCCAAAACCCUAACAUCCGCCGCCGCCGCCGCAGCCGCCACCGCCGCAGCUGCCGGACAACCAUGGGUAUUGACCUCGUGGCCGGCGGCCGGAACAAGAAGACAAAGCGUACGGCGCCAAGGUCGGAGGAUGUGUACGUCAAGCUCCUCGUCAAGCUCUACCGCUUCCUGGAGCGGAGGACCAAGAGCCACUUCAACGCCGUGAUCCUGAAGCGGCUCUUCAUGAGCAAGACCAACCGCCCGCCGCUCUCGAUGCGCCGCCUCGUCAGGUUCAUGGAGGGGAAGGGCGACCAGAUCGCCGUGAUCGUGGGCACCGUCACCGACGACAAGAGGGUCUACGAGGUGCCUGCGAUGAAGGUGGCCGCUCUCAGAUUCACCGAGACCGCGAAGGCCAGGAUCAUCAAUGCUGGUGGCGAAUGCCUCACGUUCGACCAGCUCGCCCUCCGCGCCCCGCUUGGUCAGAACACGGUUCUCUUGAGGGGCCCGAAGAACGCUAGGGAAGCUGUUAAGCACUUUGGCCCUGCGCCAGGAGUUCCACACAGCAACACUAAGCCGUAUGUUCGCUCAAAGGGAAGGAAAUUUGAGAAGGCAAGAGGAAGGAGGAAUAGCAAGGGAUUCAAAGUUUAAGUUGUAUCAGCUUUUGCGCCACUGCUUCAAACUACUCGUAUCAGUUGAACAUCACUGUUUUGAACGUCAAACAUACACUAUUUUAGAUUGUCAGAAUAUUGUGUUACUGACUUCACAGAGCCAAUUAAAUUUUGUUUACCACCAAUUAAAUUUUGUUUACGUCCUUUGCGCUUCAAGAUUUGUGUUUGACAUCCCAUUAAUAUGUUUUCUUUCUAGACUUAUGGGGCUGCGCAAUUCCGUUCUGAACAUCAACAUGUCGAGUUUCAGAAAUUAACCCUUGCGCAGAACCUGCUGCUUUAAUUGAUUGAUGAUGCUCGAAUUUGUGUUGUAAUUCAG